UGUGGUGCGGGCAAAGGGAUCCGGGUCCUUUCAUUAACUCAUGAAAUAAAGGUAGUUGUAUUUGGCGCCCUUACCUUUCACUACUCCCACUAAAAUACGCGCCUUAUCAGUUCAUCAUCAUCUUCUCCUCUGCCAAUGGCGUUAAAUUACUCCUCCUCCAAACCCACCAUUCCCAUUUCCAUUACCUCCCGCUCUCACCAAUCUUCCCUCACUUCUUCACUUCCAUUCUCACUCAAACCCCCUAACAACUCACCCUCACCCUUCUUCCACACUUCAACUUCACAAUUUCACGAUCACCAAAUCUUCGCACCACCGACACUCUCCCGGAGACUGUUCAUCCCUUCAGUUUCUGGCCUCUUCGAUGCCCUAACAGGCGGUGGCGGUGGUUCGGGCCGCGAAGCCCUAAUCGCCGUCCGACGAGGAAUGGUGCUUUUCACACAGGGUGAUGUUGCUGGGUCUUUAGCGGAAUUUGAUAGGGCAAUCGAGCUCGAUCCUCGGCAGAAGGCAUAUCUCUGGCAGAGGGGGCUAUCACUAUAUUAUCUCGAUAGGUUUGAGGAAGGGGCAGAGCAAUUUCGGUUAGAUGUAGCGCAAAAUCCAAAUGAUACAGAAGAGUCAAUAUGGUGCUUUCUCUGUGAAGCUCAAUUAUAUGGAAUUGAUGAAGCAAGGAGACGAUAUCUUGAGGUGGGCAGAGAUCCACGACCUGUCAUGCGGGAAGCUUACAACAUGUUUAGAGAUGGUGGUGAUCCAGAAAAGCUUGUUGCUGCAUUUUCAAGAGGUCAGGAGAGUGAAUACUUCUAUGCUUCUUUAUACGCUGGGCUUUAUUAUGAAUCUCAGGCUAAGUAUGAAGUUAAGUCCUAAAAUGAAAGGAUGAUUUUGCCGAGUAUUUCCAAUCCAAACUUGAGGUAAUGGGAACCAUUCUAUAUGUUGAGUUUGAGAACCUAGGUGAUGAAAACUAACCUGCGCUCCAUUGAUGCAAUGUGUAUAUGUUUGUUUAGUG